CAUUUUCCCGAGUGCUUUCGGUCAUACUGAAUAGACAUCUAACUCUGCGCAGGUAAAUCUUUGCAUAGGCGAUCCUGCGUUGCACGGCACGCGUUCGAAUGGGACUUCGGUGCCUUCCGAAUCGAGCCUGGUAUACGCAACGAUGUCAUCCCCAAGGAUGACCAUCUCCAUCUUGGACUAACGCAGGCCCACUGUAACCCAUCUAUAAUAGCUUCAUCAUUCCUUCAGUUGCGCACUCGUACUCUGUAUGCCAGCAUGUCUCCUCUCACUCCGCUUUUCAUUGGUGCUAUUCUUGCAGCUCGAGCAGCAGCGACGUCUAAACAAACCUUCGACUAUGUGAUCGUCGGCGCAGGUCCAGCCGGUCUCGUACUUGCGAACCGGCUAUCCGCAGACCCCAGCGUCACGGUCGCGGUAAUCGAAGCCGGAGCCGACGAACGAUACAAUCCUCUCGUGACGGACGUCGAAGGCCUCUUCCUAGGGAUUGGAUCAGCGCUUGAUUGGGGAUAUCCCAGCGCGCCGCAGAGGCAUGCGCUGAACAGAAGCCUCGCGUACUCGGGGGGAAAGGGUCUUGGAGGGACUACAUUGAUCAACGGAAUGACAUACUUGCGCGCCGAGAAAGAGCAAAUCGAUCAGUGGGAGGCAUUUGGCAAUGGUGGGUGGAACUGGGAGAGUUUGUACGAGUACUACGUCUCACAAGAGCACUUUCAGCCCCCAAGAUUGGAGAAUGCGGAGAGUGGGGCUACGUUCGACGAAGCGUUUCAUGGGUACGACGGGGAACUUGCGGUGGGCUGGAAUAAGUUUUUUGUCAAGCAAGGGUUCUUUGAGAUUCUUAAGAAUACGAGCGAAACCAUUGGGAUUGGCUGGAAUGAAGAUGCCAAUGGCGGGAGAAUGGGUGGUUUCUCGACUUGGCCUUUCAUGCAGAACUCCACGACGAACACACGCGAAGACGCGGCAAAUGCGUUCUACUACCCCAUUGCAGAGCAGCGCGCGAACUUGAAGGUCUUUCUCAACACUACAGCGACCCGGAUUAUUUGGAAAGAGAAGUCUGGAUCCAACGAUGCCGUCGCAGAAGCAGUCGAAGUCCUCGCUUCGAGUAAUGUUACGAAUUGCCUACAUGCCGCGCAGGAAGUCAUCCUCUCCGCUGGCUCUCUCCGGUCGCCCGCGCUCUUGGAACUCUCUGGUGUUGGAAAUCCCGCUAUACUCCAAACCCUAGGCAUCGAACCAGUCAUUGACCUUCCUGCGGUCGGCGCCAAUCUACAAGACCAGCCUAACAGUGCGAUAUCGUAUACUUCCGCUACGAACUGGACCGGCUACCCGAGCUUCGUCACCUACCUUACUGCUUCCGAUCUCUUUGGCGAAGAAUUGGAUGACAUAGUAUCAGAACUACGAGCAAACAUCAGUGACCUCGCACGCAAGAUCGUCGCACAUUUGCCACCAAACGAGAGCACAGUCGAAAGAGAAGAGAAGCUGAUCGAAAUGCAGCUCGAUUUGACUUGGUCGUACAAUAGCACUGUGCCUCUCGUAGAAGCUGUCUGGUUCCCCUACGGAAACGCAAUCAGCGUCGCGUUUUGGUCACUCCUUCCCUUCUCCCGUGGCUCCGUCCACGUCACUUCCACAUCGCCAACACGCACCCCUGCAAUCGACCCGAACUUCCUUCAUCUGCCAAUCGACACCCUCGUCCAAACGGCCGGUGCCUUGAAGCUUCGUGAAUACUUCGCCACAGAACCACUUUCUAAGCAUGUCAUCGCUGAAGUUGCGCCGGGCCCGGACGCUGUUCCUGUCGGCGCCGGCUUGAGAGAUCCUGCGUGGUACAAGUGGAUUGCUGGAGCGUUCGGGUCCAAUUCACAUCCCGUGAGCACGGCUGCUAUGAGGAGUAGGGAGUUGGGUGGUGUUGUCGAUGGUGAGGGAAGGGUGUAUGGGGCGGAGAAUGUGAGGGUUGUAGAUGCGAGUGUAUUCCCCACGCAGAUUAGCGGGCAUCUGAGUGCUUCUAUCUAUGCUCUCGCUGGGAAGAUUGCCGAGGGUAUGACACGGGGGAAGCGUCGAGAGGUUUAGGUCUUUAAUCUUAACCGUACAGGUCCCACGGGUUGAGAUCACGUAAAGACGUAUCUUUCUGGUU